AUGUCCAUUCUCAAUAUUACUACAACAUUCCUGGAUAUUGAAUUGAAAGGACUGAAUGGACGAAUUGAAGAAUUUUAUAUCAACAGAGAAACGGAUAAAUUAGUUCUUGCUAUUGACUUCAGAGGGUUAAGCAUCAGCUCCAAUAACACCUACUUCAGGUUCCACAGAAGGGGUAGAGAACCUAUUGUCACAUCGGACUUCGGAUUUGUCGUUUUUAAGUCUGUUUUUAUAACCAUUGUAAUUCCCAACCUUAACAAUUUACAACUUGAAGAAAGUGAAUCGUUUGCCUACGUUAGUGAAGAAAGGCCAGAAUAUGGAUUAGGACCAGGUUUAGCAAAUAGUACAGAUCCAGCAGUGUCAGCUGCACUAGCCGAAUUCGACGCAAAUACCAAGAUUAUUAUUCGUGAGAGCUUUCUUACAGAUGGACCAUUUUAUGCUGCCACCUUCAUUCAAUGGAAUAUCUGUGAUUUUGGAUUAAGAAUAUUUUAA